AUGAACAACACGGAAGCAGGUGCAGGUGUCAGAGGAUGUGGGCCUUGGGAUGAUCCUGCCCGCUUCAUUGUGGUGCCAGCUGCCUAUGCAGUGGCCCUGAGUCUGGGUCUGCCUGCCAACCUGGCUGCCUUGGCCGUCUUUGGGAGGGGUGGGGGAAGGCUAGGCCAGGCCUUGCGCCUCUACCUGCUCAACCUGGCUGUGGCCGACAUCCUCUUCACCCUCACGCUGCCCUUCUGGCUCACCUACUACUUGGGCCAUGCCCACUGGCCCUUCCCUGCCUCCGUCUGCCACAUCACUGGAGCCACAUACUAUGCUGCCACUUAUGCUGCCAUCUCCUUCAUGGUUCUUAUCAGUGUCAGUCGGUAUUGCACCGUACAGGGGCCCAAGCCUGGGUUCGGUGCCCGCCUGCCCCUCAACCAGCUUCGGGUGGCCCAGGCUGCCUGUACUGCUACAUGGAUGCUCUGCUUGGCCUGCGCCGCUCCCUCCCUGGUCUCUGCCCGGGCUCUGCGCCCUGGCCCGGGAGGUACUACCCGCUGCUUCGAGCACGGCUGGGCCUGGCAAGACAUGGCCUACAUCACCGUGGCCUUCUUCAUCGUCGCCUUCCUCUUGGUCCUGGGGGCCUACGUAUCGUUGGCUCGGGUGCUGGUGGUGCCUCCUGCAUCGAGAGGGACAUCUCUGGGCCCUUUUGCUGCCGGCUCCCACCGACGCAUGGCACGGACGAUGGUGCUGGGGCUGCUGCUGGUGUUUGCCGUCUGCCUGGCGCCCUACCACCUCAUCCUGGCACCCUGGGUAGCCGGACAGGAGGGGAACGACGGUGACAAUGGAGAGAGUGAGUGUCAGGUGCCUUCCACCCUGGAUGUCCUACAUACUCUCAGUCUGGCCCUUCUCAGCCUCAAUAGCUGCCUCGACCCCCUGGUCUACUGCUUUUCUUUACGCCGCUUCCGCCAGGACUGCCGGGGGCUAAGCUGCUGCCCAGGGUCCAGAGGAACCAGGACCCCAGCAGCUUCUUGUUCUUCCUCUUAG